CUUCGCAAAAUCGUCUCGCUUAUUCGAAAGAAUUGCCACAGCCGUUAUUUUUUCUGGGGUGCGAAUCAAAAAGCCAGACUGGGUGAGAGAGCGCAGAACGUAUUGCUGAUAGAGUGAUUGAAGACGGAAAAGCCACCUUUUCACAACUUUGAAACAAGUUAACACUGACAACAAUGGCGGAAGAACAGAUUCUUGAAGUAGCUGCUGCUGUGGGCGAGGAAUCCCCGGCUCCGGUCGAAGAAGUGCCGACUGCAGUGGAGGAGACGCCGGCUGCAGCGGAGGUGGAAGCUGCACCUGCAGAGGAAGCUGCAGUGAAGACAGAUGCGGCACAGGAGGUAGCUGCUGUGGAAGAGGCACCGGCGGUUGAAGAGGCAGAGGCUGUGGCGGAAGUCGAGCAGGUUGCUGAAGAGCCAGCUGUUGCUGAAACAGAAGAAGCUGCCGCAGAGGAGGCUCCCGCCGCUGAGGAGGUCGCUGCACCAGAGGAGGUGCCAGCGGAGGCAGCAGUCGAAGAGGAAGCGGCGGCCGCCGCCGAGGCAGCAGAAGAGGCAGAAACGCAUGUCGUUGAAGGCGAGCCUGCUGCGGUUCCCGAGGCGGGGGAAGUCGUGGAAGCCGUUGCGGAGGCGGUUGCCGAGGAGCCGGUAGAGCACGCGGCUGACCCGGUCGUCGAAAGCGUCGUGGUUCCGCAGGAGGACGCGUUGCUCCACACGAUUGCCGAGGAAGAAACGAAGGACAUCUUCGAUGAGGUCGACGUCCUCCGUACCGACUUAACGGAGAUCCCGGUGGAAACCGAGCUGGACGAAGCGGAGUCCAAAUAUCCAGGAAAAAACACCCAUCCACAUCCAAUUUGUCAUGCAAAACAAACAUAAAAUUCUGUGUUUGUCAUGCAAAAAAUCGAUGUGGAUGGGUUUUUUUUCUGUGGAUACCAAAGUGCACCGCCACGUCGCCAUCGAAGAGGAGCACCAGGUCGCGGCGCACGGGAGCACCAGCACGUCUUUGGAAACGCAGAAGGUGGACCAGGCGUCUACUCUAGCGAAGACCCCGACGAAGAAGAAAGCCUCCACCACGCAUGGCUCCACCUCGAUGUCCGGGUCCUUGUCCCCGUCGAAGCACCGUAUCGCAAGGAAAAAUUUCCCCUCCCCAUAUUGAAGCGGUAGGUUUUCGAAAAAUUGUGUUGCUGAUUUGAGGUCACAAAUCACGUUUGUGUUGCAAGAAGACAAGGGCAGCAGCUUCCGUCCCAUUAUGGAGGCGGUUUGUCAUGCUGUUGAGCCAACACCACGGACGCUUUUCAUGCUAAGCGCCUAAGUCAAAGCCUCUCUACUCAGGCUUGGUAUGGGUCUGCAGUCCUCUCCAGCAAGACAAAUGCGAUUUGUGUACUCAAAUACAGCAACACAAACUUCGCUUUCGAUAUGGGGAGGGGGGAUUUUUCCUCUCAAUACACCGCGCGGCGUCCUUGCUUUCGCACAACACGAAGAGCCUGCCGCCGCUGCGGAAACUACUGCACGAGUGGAGCUACCUCGAGCACCCGGAGCCGGAGGCGCGCGUCUCCAAGCCCCCGAUCGAGAAGCCCACUAACGGACCUGCGAUCGAAAGCAUGAUGUCGUUCAUGACGCUGGUGCAGGACAUGUGCAAGCCGCUCGAAGACUACGAUUUGGACAAUUUGCAGCUGCUGGACGAACCGUCCACCCUGCUCGGCGAGCCGUCGACCACGACGCUGGAGGGCGCGGCGACCAGUCUGUCCAUGGAACAUCACAGCAUCGACGAAGUAACUCCUGCUGCUGCCACCAACCUGCACGAGUCCUCGAUCAUCACGCUCGGGGACAAUCAGGAAUCCUCGAUUGACGCCGCCAGCAUGAUUCUGCAGCGCGAUUUGUCGCGUGUGUCCGCGCCGUCUGGUGCGGUAAACCCGUAUCUGUUGUUGGACAACGACCCGAACGCGCGCAUGCUGCCGAGACCCGAAGGCGUGGAGGUGGUUGACGAGAGCAAGAAGAUCGACCCGAAGCUGGUCGAGCAGGGGCUGGUUUCGGAGGAUUACACGGCCGAGUGGGCGAAGAUGACCGCGAAAGUGUACAGCGAAAAGUCUCAGUCCUGGAUGGACGACAACUGUCUGAUGACCGCCGCGGCGUGGAAGGUGCAGUCCACGGAGCAGCAGCGCGCGUACUUGGAAGGCAUGGCGGACUGUCUGUCCGCGAUUUCCAAGGGUCGGGUGAAGAUCUUUGAGAAUCCAACGCACGUCGAAUUAGCGCAGCAGAUGCGGCCGGCCGGAAACGCAAUGGACCAUCUGGCGCAGGCGAUCCUGAUGAUGCAGCGCCUAUACCUGCGAGGGUAGGGAUUUUUUUUCCUGGUUCGGAUGCUGACCUCCUGUCUUUAGAACAGUGCUGUUCAAUGAGCAGAAAAAUUAAUUUCGCGAAACAAUUACUUUGAAGAUAUCGGCUGUCGAAAACAGCAUCGACAUCGAGCGCCGGGGACAUUAGUGGGCCAGGUCAUUUCUUUGCCACGUCUUGUGUAUGGCCAUGGUAUCUCGGGAAAUCAGGUUAUAUUUGCAUCUCGUGGUGGGCCACCUUGUUUAGGCCCAAACCCAAUAUCGAGCACAGCAACAAGCGCCGAGGAUGCCAAGCAGACAGGUUUGCGCGGCAAAUGUGACUGUCUUUCCCCAAUGUCGAGCGUGGCGCCUGGCGCUGUGAAUGCUAAUCAGAUAGUUUUGCGCAGCAGCUUAGGAACUUUGUUUCCCAAUGAAUGUCGAGCAUAGCGUCUGCGCCGUGAAUGCUAAUCACACAGUUUUGCCCGGUUUUUCGCGCGCUAACUUUGAUCUGAAUUAGGUCCAAUGUCGAGUGUACCGCAGGGCUUCGUACAUGCUAAUCAGACAGUUUUGCGCGGCAGCUCAGGAAUUUUUUUGCCCAAUAUCGAGCACAGCGGCGGGCGCCGUCAAUGCUAGUCAGACAACUUUGUGCGGUCUUUUCCGCGGGGGCCUUGAACUAAAGUAGUUCCAUUGUCGACCAUUACACCGUCGGGCCGCGGGGAUGCUCAUCAGACAGAUGAAUGUCCCAUGCCCCGUGGAUGUAAUUUAUGACUGCGUCAGACGCCUCAUACGCCUACGAAUUGUCCAGGUAUGCCGUGGACGGUGUGGAUUACCAAUUCCGGCUCCGCAGCAAGUACAUCCCGGAUCCCUUCGCGGCAAAGCAACCCACCAAGACGUACGGACGGGAGAAACGAGACUUCCGUUCGGAAAGGAUCAAAGCGGAAAUUGCGAAAAAGGAGGAACGCAUGCAGCAGCACCUCUCUGCGAAGAAGAAACAAGCUAGUUCCAAGCAGGGCGCUCCGGACAUGACUGAUUCGGCCGCUACCACGACGAGAAAAUUGCCAGCGCUCCAGUCACCGAAGAAGCCGAAGGAGAAGCGGAACGCGUUUCUGGCGGAGAUGGAGCGCCGCUCGUUCGUCCCAGUGCACGUGACCCCACAGGACUUGAAGAAGCGCAGAAGGCAGGCGUUUCUGGAGGACAGCCACUUGUCCGAGGAGGCUCGGUACGACAUGAGCACUAACCACAACAGCGUGCAGCGGAAGGAACUUUCCUUCGAGCCAUUGUACGUGGCCGUGCGAUCCGGAGAAUCCGUCGAGCAGGUGCGGGAGCUGGUGGCGCUGCAAAACCCGCUGCAGGCGCGGGCCAGUCAGGAGGAGGAAGAAGAGGAGAACAACCGACAGAGUGGUGGCAAGUCGCGCAGGGGGGCAAAGAAAAAACUCAAGGAUCUGUUCUCCGGUUUCGCCAGUUUGGAAGACUACAAGACACCGGAGAUGCAGGUACUUCCAAGAGAGUAAUUGAUGGAUUUCUACAUACCUUUUUUUCGACGGCACAAAUUGAUUGAAAAACUCAUCACCCUUCCCCCUAUCCGUAUCCUCAAACUACCACAGGAAUACCAGAGUUAUCCGACCCAAAUGGUCCGCUACGCAGAGUGGGUGUUUCAGGAAUUCGGUUCUCCCGAUCGUGCUCUCCGCGCUCUGGAUAUGAACGGAAACGGAAUCUUGUCGCUGCCCGAGUUCUUGAUCGCCAUGAAGAAGCGGAUGCCGCUGCCCUUCGAAGUGGACCUGAAACUGAUCUUCAACCAGUUGGACAUCCAGCGGAAGGGACUGAUCAGUAUUGAUUUGUCGUUUUUGUUGUAGGCGUGAGUGAGUCUGAGUCCUCGCAUGCGAGACAACUUUGCUGUUUCACUUUCGCGCAUCUGAAAUUUCAAAAACUCACAGUGCCGUCGGAUGUUUUGGUCCUGACCCGCAUCAUGGAGCUGCGGGAGAAGAUCGAGCACGAUGUGAAGACGGGGCAAGUCGAAAAGAUGCUCUUGCAAGAGCGGGAAGACUUCGUGUCCCCGUUCCGCGCGAAAGUGCACCGGGCGAGGAACGCCAUUCAGCUGCAGCACUCGCAGUUCAUGUCCAAUCCGGCGACGCAGAAGUGAGAGGUGCGAAAAUGGUAAGUGCUUGGGUUUGUAUGUAUUUCGUAACACUAAUUUUCGCUUCAAAGCACUAAUUUUCGCUUCGAGUAUGUACCGGUGCGAUUUCAAACAAAACAUUACUAUAUUCAGUUUUCAGCAAAUUCAACCGGGCGGAGAUGAAUCGUUUGAUGAGAAGUAAUACGCGUUCGUAUACUAGCUCCAGAAAAAAGUUGACGUAUCAGACAAACUAAGUAAACCAAAAUUUUAGUAGUAGCAGGAUCGAUUCAGCAGAACUUGACAAACUCUACCUUAACUUUUCAGAUUCAGAAACUGUAUUUAUCGUUGGCACAAAUCAGCAAACGCAAGAAGCAAAUCUUUCAGAAAAUCUUUUCAACCAAACGCAUGUACAAUAAUUUUGUUUUUAGUUUUUACUUUACGCAAUUUUGCGGGCGCGAUCUCGAGAGGAAUUCUAAGAAACUUCAACUCUCUCAGAUGAACUUGUGUACAAAAUUUUAACCGGGAAUAGAGAAAUGAAAAACAUGUUUGCGAU